UCGCUCUCCUCCUGGGGCGAGCGAACAUGCUGCCACUUGUAAGUGGGACCGAUAAAACCCUUUCUCUUUUUGUGCCAGGUCAGAGUCCGAGCGCCGUGGAGGAUAUGUUAGAUGCCGAGAACAAGCGUAUGGCAGACAGUCUAGCCAGCAAGGUCACCAGGCUGAAAUCGCUGGCUCUGGAUAUUGACAAAGAUGCUGAUGAACAAAACCAUUACCUGGAUGGCAUGGAUUCAGAUUUUAUGAGUGUGACCGGCCUGCUGACUGGCAGCGUGAAGCGUUUCUCCACCAUGACGCGGUCAGGGAGGGACAAUCGCAAGUUACUCUGUUACGUUUCUGCAGGACUGAUUGUUGUCUUCUUCAUCCUCUACUAUCUCGUGUCGAAAGCAGGGACUUGAGCAUGGUUUUCAUGCCAGGAAUUUUACAGACCAAAAAUCAUGUGACGAUUGAUGGACUUAUUCAAAGCCCUUUGCAGUCUGCCCUGUUGUGGAGUUUUUGAGGCAUUCCAAACAGUCCAAAUAACUUUUCUGUUCCUCAGCUUACUGUCAUUGAUCUGACUGGUCUUGGACAUCUCUUUGUAAAAUGAGUAUGUUUCAAUCUAAACUGAUUUUCACAUGUAAAAUGAUUUUGAUGUUGUUAAUGCUUAAGCCUUCAUCUCUUGCCUUGUUGCCCGUGUCCUUCAGCCUAUUUUCAAAGGCUGCUUUUGUGUUACCCACAUUACUGAUAUUCCCUACUAGGCUUGUGAAGAGUUAUGUCAGACACAAUUCAGAGAUUUGUCAGUGCUCCGAAGUUUAAUAAACGAGCAGAAGUCCAGAAGCUGCAGAGUUGAGGAUGCUGAUUUAUGAGAUUUGGAGGUAUGAACUUGAGACUUACAUUCCAGCUUAGCCACUCGGCUCAUGCACGGUCUCAGUUUCACCUUGACUUGGAGGCACAUUAAUAUCAUUGGUGUCACUGGGCUGGAAUUAAGUUCGUACAGCUUUGAAAUUCAACCAGCGGUAGAUCUGGACCCUGAUACACUAUAAUUGUUGCAGUGACGAGUUGCAGAGGAGCAAGACUUUACCUGAGUGAUAGCUUGGCUUUAUUAUCCUUCUAGGUGAAGUUGAGGGUAGACACUGCAGGAAAAGAAGGGCCAAAGUCCUUAAGUUGCUGUUAUUUGCACACGUAUAAUGUUUUUCCACACGCUUGAAAAUACACUCCCGUAGACUGCUAAGGCUGUAUGAAAGUUCCCAUAUCAACUUCCCCUCCAGUCGUCUUAAGAUCAUUUGCUUCAGGCCUCAUGCAGUUUAUUGUCGUUAUUACAGUAUCCCUGUACUACAGCCCUUUGGAAAGACACUGCGCAAAUAAAAAUAGAGGUUGUGGACAAGUUAAACUGCAUCUUGUUGAGGUGGUGGUUGGAGGACAGGGAAGGAUUUGACCUGAGGGUUGGUGGAUGUAUUUAUUUAAGUAGAUGGUAACCUAAGAAACUCUAACUUGCUGUGCUGUCCGUUGUGCUUCUGGGAUUCCUGCCUGAAAUGUUUGUGGGAGAUGUGUGGGAAAGCACAUGCAUACGAGUUUUGUUUAUAAAGCAGUCGUUCCCAAUGAACAUGCAGUGCAUGCCAGAUUUCCUCUCCUGAAGCAGGGCACGUAACUCUUAUGUCUCAGAAGGCUGAGAGUAUCGCACCUGGAAACUCCAACUUCCCUUCACCCUCCUUUCCUUUCAGUGGGCCGAUCAGCCUCUCACUUACGACACUACCCCAUAUGCAUUCUUCCGUAGCGGAGUUAUUUAAGUCUAUCUCUAAUUAUAGCGAAAGAUCUGUAACUUUUAAAAUACUAGGCCUGUUGGAAGAAGAAACAAACAAAACCCACCUCUUUCUCUUUUCAGAGGAAGCCCUCGCUACCUAUUAUAUAAACCUUUUACUAUACAAAGCAGCUGUACAAAGGUACUGUGUUUCAUAUAGUCUCUUUUCUGUACCACGUGCUGAUGUGAUCUGGUUUUCCUUGUUGGAAUUCUUUGCUUAUUUUGUUCUCUCAUCCUCCUGUAACGACUACCUCUCCAGGACUAAAGACUUCCUCCUCUUUUACAAUCUUUUUUUCUAACAAGUGUUUAUUCAUCAGUCCCUGUAUGUUUCAUUUGGCCUUGACAUUGUAUCUGUAGGAAUUCCUUUCUGCUUGGGCUAAACUGGGUCUAGAUCUAAACAGACUGUGCUGUCCUUUGCUUAAACUGUAUCAGACUUUUAACAGAGUACUUUCAUAAUUUGAUUGUGUGUCGUCUUCCCAAGUUUGGGGAAGAAGGGGCAGUGAAGGUGAGUAGGAAAGGAGGCAGCAACAACUUUCUCUGGUUUUUGUUUCUGCUUCUCUGGUAAGAUGCGGCAGUUCCAAACUCUUUUUGCACUUGGAAGAAUGAUGAAUCGCUUGGGUGAAUCGCUGGACUCUUGUUUCGAUUUUCUGAAGUGGAUCACUUCUGCUGAGAGACCUCUGAAACAGCCUGGUCUUCAUAGUAGUGGCGGUUUCGGUUUGCUUUUUAUGUUCUAAAUAAAAAUAUGUUUUUAGAAUA